AUGGCGGAGGGCCUGACAAAGCUGGAGCUCGAGAGAGAGGCGCGCAUAGCAGCAAACAAGCAGAAGAUUGCGGAGCUCGGUAUCCAUGACUCAGUUGCCGCCGUGCAGGAGCUUGCAGAUGCCAAGCCGGCCAAGCCGAAGCGCGCGCGCGCGCCGCCGGCUGAGCCGGCGGACCCUGCUGAGGUGCGGCGCUCGCAGCGGCCCAAGGCCGAGGUCAACUACGCCAAGCUGGUCGACAGCGAGCGCGAGGACCGCGGCCCACGCGAGGCCGUGGACUACACCGAGCGCAUCAAGAUGCUGCAGCUGGACGCCGAGGCGGCCGAGAAGCUGCGCGCAGAGAUGGAGGCGCGGCGCGAAGGGCGCGGGGAGCGGAGCGGGGAGGGCAAGAAGGCGGGGCCCAAGGACUCUGGCAAGGGGGUGCGAGUGCAGGGCGGAAAAGUGUACGACUCCACCUUUGGCGUCACCUGCCACUGGUGCCGCCAGAAGACGCUGGAGGCGCACGUGACCUGCACCAACCCCAAGUGCGGCAAGGGGAAGAUGCCCUACUCCUUCUGCCACAAGUGCCUCAAGAACCGCCACGGGGAGGAUGCAGAGGAGGCAGCCGUCAGCGGGGCGUGGGUGUGCCCCCCCUGCCGCGGCUCCUGCGGGCCCGGCUGUGUCACCUGCUGCAACUGCGGCCCCUGCCGCAAGAAGGCCAGCCUGGAGCCCACGGCCCAGGUGGUGUUCAUGGCGCGCGCCGCGGGCUUCUCCAACGUCCACGAUUACGUGGUGCACCUGGUGACGGGGGAGAAGGAGGAGGACAUCGCGGCGCGCAAGGCCAAGCACGCCUGGGGCGCCUGGCUGCACGGCGGCGACGGCGGAGACGGCGGAGACGGCGGCGACGGCGGCAGCGACGCGAGCGCGCAGACCGCAGGCGCGGGGGCAGAGGGCGGCGACGAGGAGGGUGCGGCGGGGGGUGAGCAGGGGGGUGAGCAGGCCGAGGCUGAGGAGCAGCAGGAGCGGCAGAAGACCCCUAAGAAGCAGCAGGCCAAGGGGCGCGGCAAGGCCAAGGUGGGCAAAGAGAGCGUUGAGGCGGCAGGGGUGAAGAAGCCGGCGGCUGCGGGCAAGCCGCGCAAGAGCAGCGGCGGCGGCAAAAAGGCCAAAGCGGCGGCGACUCAGGGCGAGGCGGCAGAGGAGGAGGCGGGCCAGCCUAAGGCGGCGCCAGCGCCUGCGUCGUCCCCUGAGGACGCCGCCGCCCCCAAGGGCGACCAGAGCAGCAAGGCGUCGCGCAAGGCACGCAUGAUGCAGCGCAUGGGCCUCGCGCCCCGCACCUCCGAGGGCGUGGCUGCCUGA